GGCUGCUAUAGGUAGUAUUAGUGCAGCUGUUAAUGUCGCGCGUGCGCCGGACUGGCAAGCUGCGCUACGGGGACAAGGAGCUGGCCAUCCAGCAGCGGCUGCGAGCGCUUGACACCUUCAGAGGCAUCGCAAUAGUGUUCAUGAUCUUCGUCAACGACGGCGCGGGGGGCUACUGGUGGCUGGAGCACGCCACGUGGAACGGGAUGGUGGCCGGCGACCUGGUGUUCCCUGCCUUCCUGUGGAUCAUGGGCGUUUGCAUCCCUCUGUCCGUCAAGAGCGCCUUCGCUAAAGGAGUCCCGAGGUGGAAGAUUGUGCUGCACAUCGUCAGGAGGUCCAUAAUGAUGUUCCUGCUGGGCAUGAGCCUGAACACGAUCUACGGCUCCAACAUGCUGCAGCAGCUGCGUAUCUUCGGCGUGCUGCAGCGGCUGGCGGUGGCCUACUUCAUCUCCGCUGGCUUCUACGCCCUCACCGCGCCUAAGUACUACACGCCGCCUAGAGGAGCUUGCGGGCAGGCACUAAAGGACGUGCUAUCGUGCGUGUGGUGCUGGGCACUGGCCGCUGUGUUGGUAGCGCUGCACAGCGCUGUCACCUUCACCGUGCACCACCCCGACUGCCCGCCAGGCUACUUAGGCCCAGGCGGCAAGCACGACGACUGGGUAGCCCCGGAAUGUAGCGGUGGCGCGGCGGGCUACAUCGACCGCCUGCUGCUAGGAUCGGCACAUCUCUUCCAGCACAGCGACGCGAGACGAGUCUACGGAGGACCACCCACCGACCCUGAAGGACUGCUUGGUUGUCUGACAUCGGCCGUGCAAGUCCUCCUGGGCAUCCAGGCGGGGGCCACCGUGCUCCUGCAACGCUCCCACAAGUCCCGGAUAUCCCGCUGGCUCGCUUGGGGACUGGUCUUCGCACUUUCUGGAGCGCUGCUCGCAGGCUUCUCCAGGGAACACGGAGUCAUUCCGAUUAACAAAAACUUGUGGUCCAUGUCCUUCGUGCUAGUGACGUCAGCGUGCUGCCUGGUGCUUCUCAGUGUCUGCUACACCCUAACCGACGCGUGGCGGCUUUGGAACGGGGGCCCCUUCCGCGCACCGGGACUCAACGCAAUCGCUCUCUACGUGGGUCACUCGGUCUGCGCACACCUCUUCCCCUUCCACUGGAGUGUGCCCCACAUGAGGACCCACGCCAUCAGCUUGAUAGAGGCCACGUGGGGCACCGCGCUGUGGGUCAUCAUCGCGCACGUCAUGGCCAAGAAAAAAGUAUUCAUCACCCUCUGAUUGUCGGAUGGACACGCCGGCUUCUGGUCCCGCUACGUCAAGUUGUAGAAAGAUCAGUGUAUGGACAAAUUUAUGAUUUAAGAUUGAUAUUUUUGUGAAAAUUCAUCGGUUAUUUCAAAAACAUCAGAAUUGUUCAAAUAUUUAUAGAAUUUAUACUUCAGUGCCCUACUAUAGUGGAUCAUAAAUGUAAUUGAAAUUCAGAUGGAGAUCAGUGUGGUCAGUUUUUUGGUGUCAAACAUUUUUCGCAUUUAAUUUUGAUAUUUGUAUAUUGUAUAGGUAAUGAGAUUAAUUUGUUCUCAAAUGCCUUUAAAAUGCAUUUUACGUAUAAUUUGUUUUCGGAACCUGUGUCUUGAAUGUGUCUUUGAUUAAUGUUGAGACUGAGUCCAAUUCGUAAGUUAAUCUUCUUGUUAAAAAUUGUGACGCGAAUAUUUUGUAGUAUCUAGUCUUAAAACUAUAAAAUAGUGUCUUGAAAUGACAGUUGCCUGUAUGUAAUGCGUUAUUUUAUAAG